UUGUUGUCAAAAUGGAGUUCUUACUUGGAAAUCCGUACAGUACUCCCGUGGGCCAAUGUAUAGAGAGGGCUACAGAUGGAGGCCUACAGAACGAGGACUGGACCCUCAACAUGGAAAUCUGCGACAUCAUAAACGAGACAGACGAGGGGCCAAAAGAUGCUAUGCGGGCACUGAAGAAGAGACUCAGUGGCAACAAGAACUACAGAGAAGUGAUGCUGGCGCUGACGGUAUUGGAAACAUGUGUGAAGAACUGUGGUCACAGGUUUCAUGUCCAGGUGGCCAACAGAGAUUUCAUUGAUGGUGUUUUGGUCAAAAUCAUCUCUCCCAAAAAUAAUCCUCCAACCAUCGUACAAGACAAAGUGCUGUCACUCAUACAGGCCUGGGCUGAUGCCUUCAGGAGCAGCCCUGAUCUUACUGGGGUGGUCCAUAUUUAUGAGGAGCUGAAGAGAAAAGGCAUUGAAUUCCCAAUGGCAGAUCUGGAUGCAUUGUCUCCAAUUCACACACCACAGAGGGGUACACCUGAGGUGGAUCCAGCCAUGAUCAAGUACCUGGCUCCUGCAUCACCUGCUGCUGGGGCUCCCAAACCUGCCUCUACACCUGGCUCUGCCACGCAGGUCUCCCACAUUCCCAGCCCUAUCACAGCAACCCCUGAACAGAUCGCCCGGCUGCGUAGUGAGCUGGACAUAGUGAGAGGAAACAUCAAAGUCAUGUCAGAGAUGCUAACAGAGAUGGUCCCUGGUCAGGAAAAUGCCUCUGACCUAGAGCUGCUGCAGGAGCUGAACAGGACGUGCAGGGCUAUGCAGCAGAGAGUGGUUGAGCUGAUUUCACGUGUUUCUAAUGAGGAAGUGACUGAGGAGCUGUUACAUGUCAAUGACGACCUCAACAACAUUUUCCUCCGAUAUGAGAGGUAUGAGAGGUACAGGUCGGGCAGAGCUGCACAGAACAACGGGAUGUUGAAUGAGGCCACAGAGGACAACCUGAUAGACCUGGGCCCAGGCUCCCCUGCUGUGGUCACACCCAGGAUCACAUCCAGCCCUCCACCUCAGUCCACUGCCGGGGCCACUGCAUCCCCAGCCCACAACCCCAGUGCAGCAUCGCUGUCUACUGCACUAGCUGGCCUUGAUGUAGGUUCAGACAGCGUGAGCGGCACCCUGUCGUCUCUAUCAGGCCACAACCAGGAUGACUUUGACAUGUUUGCCCAGACCAGGAGUAGCUCUCUGGCCGAACAACGCAAAAAUGUAAAAUAUGAGGACCCACAAGCUCUGGGCGGCCUGGCCUCAGCUUUGGAUGUGAGACAGCAGAACACAGGAGGGCUGAGGGUAAAAGGGGAUGAUAACCCAGCAGAUCAGGAGCUGCCCAUAGACAGCUGGCUUAUUACCCAAGGAAUGAUCCCCGUAUCGCAGUCCUCUGUCAUGGAUGACAUAGAGGAGUGGCUCUGUGCUGACGUGAAAGGGGAUGCUGCCGAGGAAGGGGUGACCAGUGAAGAGUUUGAUAAGUUCCUGGAGGAGCGAGCAAAGGCAGCAGACACCCUGCCAUCUCCCCCCGGAGCUAACCCUGCUCACCCUGCCCGAGCCCCUGGCGGCUCCCACAAAAAGGCUGAACGGACGGAAGAUGCCCUCUUUGCCUUGUAGACUGUUCUCAAAGAACCUUGAUGUCUCUCCAGUGAAUCUAAAGGUCCUAACCCCAGAUGAUCCCCUCCAAACAGUCCUUCCAGUCCCAUUUCAUCGCUGACUGGCAGUGCUGCAGCAAGCGAUCUCCACCUCCUUAUCAUUUUCAUGCCAUAGUGAUGCUCCAACAUAAGCUGCUUUCACACAUACACUGCAACCAUGAACUCUUCUAGACAUUACCCGGAGGAACCGCGCAAAUGUCCAAAUCAGUUCAGCUGGACAUUAAACGGACUUUACCCUGUCAGCUCCGUAGUACAAAGUCCGUGUAAAGUCUGACUGAGCUGAUGUGUGAAUAGAGCAUGCCACUGUGAGCAAGUGGGCAUGGUGAUGAUGUUUCUAUCCUUCCUGCAUGCUCUACCCAGGCGCCACCCCUCACCUAAACCAAGCAAGUGUGAACGCGUCUCACAUGGACAAUCUCCACCGGUUGUGUGCUGCAUGUGUGAAAGCUCAGCUCCGGACAAUGUCCGGACCUGAUUCUCCGGACAUUGUCUGGAGUUUAUAUGUGACAACGGCUUUAUGGAGGUCCGACAUGUGUACUGCACACUACUGUGUUGCAUUUAACUAUAUAUGGAUGUAUUAAUGUUAGUGUGGGAUGUACUACUCGCAGCCCUGCAUCUCAUUUUUAACACUCCACCAAAGGAAAAUGACCCAGCUUGCCUAAUGUGGUUUAAAAAUUUGGUAUAUUACUGCGAGAUUAAUGGAAAAUUUCACUGCAGGUCCAUGCAUUGAGUCAAUAUAGAAGUACACAAUUAGGACAAUGUUGUGCCGUUUUACUACAUUCAUCUAAUUGCUAAUUUAUGCAUUUAUUGUUUUAAUGGUUUGUUCUGUACUAUGUACUAGCGCUGUGGAUAUGGUCAGUCCAUGUAAAAAAUUUUUUUUUAUUACAAGUACUCCAGUUAGGGUUUUAGUCAUGCUUUUAAAACUGUAAUAUGUGCUGAAAUGGCAAUGCGUGUUAUUACCCAGUUUGCCUGAGGCAGUGUAGGGAAAAGAGUUAUGUUAGCAGGUAAUUUUUGCUAACUGGAACAUAAUAGCUAAAUCAUAGCUAAUCGUGACAAGUGUAUGUCAACAUUCCUUUAACCAAAGGGAUUUAAAAAAAAAAAAAAAAAAAUCUAAAAAGCACUAGCUAAGAGUCUCUGCUAUGUAUUUCAAAUGGCUGAGGGGAAGGAACAUGCCCAUGGAAUAUUUCCUAUCAAUCUUUUCAGUUACCUGAAAAGCUACAACAAAUUAACUAAGAGAAAUAUGAUCUUGAACAACUGCAAACAUAUUUAGCCAUUCCAAAGAAUAUGAAGGCUUUAAUGACCAACUAGCACUUAAUGCUACCAGUCGAACAAUAAUCACGUUCAAGUGUUGUAAAUGUAAGAGAUCAUGAACAUUUUCCUUCCCCUGCUAUAAUUAAUGUCUGUGCACUUUGAAGCAAAAACAAAUCUGUAUUUUGUCCUUUGUGUUUACAAGAUGGUUACUAUUUUUCUAGGGGAUGGGAAAUGGUCUUUAGAUUGACUUCAUUUUGCACAUAACUUUUCUAACAGUGUAAUUGCAGCGCUUGUUCGCAUAGAAGUGGAUGGAUGGAUGAACGGUCAAAUUUAUGAUUGCAAAACCUUUUAGGAGUAUUAGAAAUUGCAUAAAGAUCCAAGACAACAUGUGGCAUUUAAAUUAUCAUCAUGACUUAGCGCUUGCAUCAUAAAUGACUACAAUACAAAGUAUAGCUUACAAUUAUGCGCUGUUGUAAAGGAUAUAUUCAUAUAGGUAGAUCUUCAGUUACUCUAUACUAUAUAAUCUAUAUACCUCAAAAUACAGAAAUUUUGGUUUCUGUAUCUGGUUAAAAUGUAUUGGCUCAUAGUAACAUCCAGAAGGUAGAGAGGUGUAUGUAUUAUUUGAUCCCCUAAUUGUAUUUUUAUAGGUCAUGUAAGAGAAAAAGACAUGUUUGUACCCUUGUACUGCUUCAUCUUUUUGUGGUUCAGGCUGAAGCAUUCAGCAAACAAACACAAUUUUAUUUUCUUUGAUUUGCGCAGUCAAAGACAUAUUUUAAUUCUCAGUGUAUUUUCAUUCUGGUAUGAUUCAUCUGCUCUGGUUGGAGCAGCUGCCAAGGAUUUGUGUGAUUGACUGAUUUCAGCGAAGUAGCUCUGACUGGAGUUUGCCUUUGGUAUACACACUUUGAGGCAAAAAGCAAUCCUGUCUUCGUUCCAGCUCUUUUGCUGAUGCUCUGGUGUGUUUUAUCAUUUCUCUUGAAAGAUUUUAUUUUUCUUUUAACCCAUUUAAGACCAAAAGCCUUGUCAAUCAGUGGCAGUCCAUUUGAAACUCCUCCCAAGUUGUAAAAGCCUAAUCAAACUUACUUUUAAUUAUCCGUUGUCAGUUAAGUCCUGGAAGGAAACAUUCAUGAAUGACUUGUGUCUAUGUAAUCAUUAUGAUUAAAUAUUUAAAUGUAUAUUAGUUGAGAAAAAUUAACAAUAAAUAAGCUUUAACUUUCUUUAAUGCAGUAUGGUUACAUAGGGUUAUCUAGGUUCAAAAUGUUUGCCAGGUAACUGAGAUGAUAGCAUUCAAUUUACAAUCAAACAUUGUGUCAUUUUUGAAAAACUUUAACCAUGCAGGCUGAACAAAGAUGAUUACUAAAAAUGUAACAGGAGAUCCUUUAAAAGGGAACUUUUUUUCUGCGUUUGUGUGUUAAUGUAGCUCUAGAUCUGUCAGAGUGUAUUGUGUUACUUGCUUUUAUGAAGCUUAAGUCCUGAUAGCAACAUGUAUUCCUCGAAAUUGUGGCUAUCUCAAAAUGGUUACUGAAUGUCUUUUAAUACUGAGGAGACAGAGCAUUUUGUGAACAUGUCAUAGACACGGAAGAGAGGCUUGCUUUCUGUUGGUUGGUGUCCCGUGUCUGUUUGGCUGUGCCGUCUGCUGCCAUUACUAAUGGUCAGAUUUUUGUUUGACCUAAUGCACGUAUAAAACUGCCCAAUAAAACACUAGCAAUGUGUGACCUCUA